AAUAUCCAAUCGACACCACCCUCUUCUAGGAUUCCUCUCUCAUCUUCUCUCUCUCUCUAACUCACACACGCACGCACACACUUGACAACACAAUACUCAAAGAUAACCCAACUCCUCUCUUACAAGUCACCGUACAUAUAUAUGUUUAUGCAUCACCACCAACAAUCAUCAUGUCCAUUCAUUCUCUCUUUAUAAAUCCUUCUCUCUCUCCUCCCCCCUUCUCUGCUUCCUCUUCUUCAUAUUCAUAUACACCUACUUCAAUUUCAAUCUCUCUAAAGCACAAUCUUUCUUGUUUUUGUAAUCCAAGAGCACAACCCAUUGGCCUUGUUUGCACGAAGACUCAUUCUUUUUUGCAAUCUGAAAGACACAAGAGUGGGAGAUUAUUGAAUCUUAGGUCUUUCAAAGUUGCAAGCAACAUGACCAUCAGAGAGUUGAGGGAUGAAGAGGAGGAGGAAAAUCCCCCUGCUUUGCUUGAAUCAGAAAUUUGUUCUAGGCCUCGCCGAAUUGCUCUCUUUGUUGAGCCCUCUCCUUUUUCUUACGUGUCCGGGUAUAAAAACCGGUUCCAGAAUUUUAUUAGAUAUCUACGGGAAAUGGGAGAUGAGGUGAUGGUGGUGACAACACAUGAAGGAGUGCCUCAGGAAUUUUAUGGAGCAAAAUUGAUUGGAUCUCGAAGCUUCCCCUUUCCCUGGUACCAGAAGGUUCCCCUCUCCCUAGCACUAAGCCCUAGAAUAAUCUCAGCAGUUGCCGAGUUUAAGCCUGAUAUAAUACACGCAUCAUCCCCUGGUAUUAUGGUGUUCGGUGCUCUCAUUAUUGCAAAACUAUUGUGCGUUCCUUUAGUGAUGUCUUACCACACACAUGUUCCAGUAUACAUUCCAAGAUACACCUUUAGUUGGCUGGUCACACCUAUGUGGUUGGUCAUAAAAUUUCUUCAUAGGGCUGCUGAUCUUACACUGGUGCCAUCAGCUGCCCUUGCAAAGGAGCUUGAAGCUGCUAGGGUAACGGCAGGUAACAAGAUUCGUCUCUGGAAUAAGGGUGUUGAUUCCGAAAGUUUCCAUCCUCAAUUUCGCUCUCAUGAAAUGCGGUUAAGACUAAGCGAUGGUGAGCCUGAAAGACCAUUGAUAGUCCAUGUUGGACGACUAGGAGUUGAGAAGAGUUUGGAUUUACUCAAAAGGGUCAUGGAUAUGCUUCCGGAGGCACGAAUUGCUUUUAUUGGAGAUGGGCCAUACAGGGAAGAGCUGGAAAAGAUGUUCUCAGGCAUGCCUGCAGUAUUCACAGGGAUGUUAGGAGGCGAGGAGCUCUCUCAGGCAUACGCCAGCGGGGAUGUUUUCGUGAUGCCUUCCGAGUCGGAGACACUCGGGCUCGUUGUUUUGGAGGCCAUGUCAUCGGGACUGCCUGUGGUGGCUUCACGUGCUGGCGGACUCAUAGACAUAAUUCCUGAAGACCAAGAGGGUAAAACUGGAUUUUGCUUCAACCCCGGUGACGUUGAUGAUUGUGUAAGCAAAUUGAAGCCUCUAUUGCACAACCGUGAGUUAAGAGAAACUAUUGGCAAAGCUGCACGUGAAGAAACGGAGAAAUACGGUUGGAGAGCAGCUACCAAAAAGAUACGCAACGAACAAUACAAUGCUGCGAUUUGGUUCUGGCGGAAGAAAAGAGCGCAGUUUCUGAGACCAUUCCAAUGGCUAUUCAGGCUCAUUUUUCAGGCACCAGAAGUAAACUACAGGUAAUACAUAUAUAUAUACAAAAUUCAAGUUCUUGAAGCAUAUUUUGGGCUUUAAGGACUUCUGGGAUGUCUGUGAUUGCUUGCUUUGCUUAUUUGUGCUGGAUAUAUAUUGAAUUGUAUAAUAUGGACCACAAGGUUUGGUCAGUUUGUGUUGUCUACUAAUUGAUUUGGAUGUAAUCUCUUUGUAAUAACAUGGGGACGUCACAGUUUAUUGCGUAGUUGCUUAGUUUGUAACGUCCCUAUCUUUUAAAAGGAAUUCUAUUACUUGAUGCAAUGAAAGCUUUAUCAGCAAAAAAAUCUGUCCAAACCAGUUGUUUGAUCUUCAACCA